AUGUCCGAGCUGAAGACUAGUGGCUUCUUCCGACCCUGGCAUAUCCCGAAGACCACAAACGAGGCUUCCGGAAUUGUUACCGUCGACAAUACGUUGCACGACGUGCCGCGCAACAGGCGGGAGGACGACGAGGAGAGCAUCGUGUCUUCGGCGACAUCGACGACCUCCACGAGCUCGAACAUCGUAGAAGUAUCCGAAAAGUACGACACUCAACUGUCGGAUCGAGGCACAGCGGAUUCCACAUCGUCGAACGGUGCUCAUCGCACGAGAAUCCGUCGCGGCAGCGAGUCCUCCAAUGAUGCAGCGACCAGCACUACGCCUUCUCUCGAAGGCGAAGACAUUGAGACCACGCAAGAUGCAACGAACGAAUCAAGUGCCUUCCGCUCGCGACAAUCAGUCGACUCGAACACUUCCACGGCGCACGCGAUUUCUGCUCGGGAUUCAGACGAAUUCAAUGCUUCCGGUGACGUUAAUUCCCUGGAAUAUCUCUCAACGCCUGAAUUUCAACGACCGGAGAGCUUUGCAAGCGAUGGAGCUUGUUCAAUCGCGAAUCCGGAUAUCGCGGGACCAUCGGGCGCGAACUCGAUAAUUCCUGAGUUGUAUUACGCUCUUCCCGAUUUUCAUCCCGCAAUCCAUUCCGGUGUCCAUCACGCGAUACAUCCCGGAAUCGACGCCGGGGUUCAUCCCGGAAUUCUUUCACCGGGAUUUUAUAACCGUACCAUGGAAGAAGCAGUGCAGAUGAUACACCGUCAAGAUGUUGUCGCCAAACAAAUAAAAAAGAUGCGUCCAAAAAAGUUUCGCUGCCAGUAUUGUGAUGUAGCGUUCAGCAACAACGGUCAACUUAAGGGACACGUUCGCAUACAUACUGGCGAGAGACCGUUCAAAUGCGACGUCGAGUCCUGUGGAAAAUCGUUCACCAGAAAUGAAGAACUGACGCGACAUAAACGGAUUCAUACUGGCGUGCGGCCACACUCUUGCGUCAUUUGUGGAAAACGAUUCGGGCGUAAGGAUCACCUGAAAAAGCACACGAGAACACACGAAGUACGCGAUCCGUACCGCGUUUCGGCGGCGGCAUUAGGCAUGUUCGCUCUGAGCCAUCCGUUUCAGCAAACUACAGGAUUUCCGCCAUACAUCUAUCAGAUCUGACGUCGUAACUUCCUGAAAAAUUUAAUACGAUGAUUAGCUCGACUAAUCUACUCGACAAACUUCAAGCUUCCGUGACUUUGCGAUAAAAGUGAUAACUGAAGAGAUAAAAAGAGUAUCCGAACAAUCUUUACGCAUAUACAUAUUUUGUAUGAUAUAACGCUUCGGUUGCCUUGAGAGCUUUAAAUCGCAUCAAAAUAUUUUUGAUACAGUCAUUUACACUUAGAAAAAGAUUCGUCAUAAAACUCCAUGGACUUGCCACAUCGAGGAAAAA